AUGAAAGCUGUGGUGCUGAGCCUGGCCGUGCUCUUCCUGACGGGGAGCCAGGCUCGGCAUUUCUGGCAGCAGGAUGAACCUCAGUCCCCUUGGGAUCGAGUGAAGGAUUUUGUCAACGUCUACUUGGAAACAGUCAAAGAGGGCAGCAAAGACUAUGUGACUCAGCUUGAAACCUCUGCCUUGGGAAAGCAGCUCAACCUGAAGAUCUUGGACAACUGGGACACCCUGACCACCAGCCUCACCAAACUGCAGGAGCAGAUCGUCCCGGUGACCCAGGAGUUCUGGGAAAACGUGGAGAAGGAGACCGCUGGGCUGAGGGAGGCGGUGAACAAGGACCUGGAGGAGGUGAGGCGGACGGUGCAGCCCUACGUGGACGAGUUCCAGAAGAAGUGGGAGGAGGAGGUGGAGCUCUACCGUCAGAAGGUGGCGCCCCUGAAGGAGGAGUUUAGCCAAAGCGCGCACCAGAAGCUGGUGGAGCUGCAGGAGAAGGUGACCCCGCUGGCCGCGGAUCUGCGCGACAGGCUGCGCACCCACGUGGACACGCUGCGCACGCAGGUGGCCCCCUACAGCGAGGGGUUGCGCCAGCGCCUGGCCACCCACUUCCAGGCCCUCAAGGACAGCGCCAUCCUGUCUGAGUACCACACCAAGGCCACAGAGCACCUGACCACCUUCAGCGAAAAGGCCAAGCCCGCCUUGGAGGACUUCCGCCAGGGCCUCAUCCCCGUCAUGGAGGCCCUGAAGGCCAGCUUCCAGACAGCCGUCGAAGAGGCCAGCAAGAAGCUGCAGAGCUAG